AUGUACUCUUUUAGAAAGGCAACUUUAGAAGACUUUGACCAAAUCUGGUCGAUAUUGGAAUCAGCAAGAGAACUUUUGAAAACUCAGAACAUCGACCAAUGGCAAAAUGGCUACCCGAAUAGAAAAGUUAUCAAGACCGACAUCAAAGCCGGGAGAAGUUAUGUUUUGGUACAUGAAGAUGGCGCCUUAGCUGCCAUGGGCGCGAUUCUCGUGGGUAUUGAUCCCGUCUACACUGCUAUAGACGGAAAGUGGGCUGAAAGCGCCGGGGAAGAAGAUUAUGCCUCUAUACAUCGCACAGCUAUAUCUCCUGAAUUCCGGGGAAAAGGUAUAUCCAGUAUCAUGAUGUCAGGUCUCGUCAAAAUAUGCGCCGAACUGGGCUACAAAGACAUCAGAACCGAUACCCACAAAGACAAUAAGGUUAUGCAGCGGGUGCUAACCAAAAGUGGGUUUGAAUAUCGCGGGGAAAUCUACCAGGGUGAUCAAGCAUGGAGACAGGCCUACCAGUUUCUUCUUACUUGA